AUGGAAGAUCUCCCACUGGACAUAUCCCUCAACAUCCUUAAGCAACUCCCCAUCACCUCUCUCCUCUCCUUCAAAUUAGUAUCCAAAGCUUGUUACGCACAAGCAGCCAAUCCUCUUCUCGCUCCUAACUAUAAGCGUUACCAAGAAACUCCUAAUUGCUUCAUAAUUCACCCCUUAGCUAGCUACCAUGAGUACCCAUUAUAUCUCAUCGACAAUGGUGAAGUGGUAAGAAGAAUUGAGCGGCCGGAGAUGCAAAACAAAUUUCAUCCCGGGCCAGUACUGUCCACCAAUGGUUUGCUAUGUCUAUUGUUUUACACUUUCAACAGUUAUGGUGAUCCACUAGUUUUAUGUUAUCGUGCUUGUUUGUGCAAUCCCUUGACGGGUGAAAAUGAUUUUUUGCCUGAUCCUGGGGUGCCAAGAUUUCGCAAAUCAGGUGAUAAGGAAAGAGUUUUUGUCGAUAGUACUUUUGGGUUUGGCGACAAUGCAAGUACUCGUGAAUAUAAGGUGGUUGGAUUUCGAAGACGUAUAUACGAGUCUGCAACUAACAGGCGGUACAAAUUGCAUGCCAAGGUGAUUGCUAUGGGAAAAAAAGGGUGCCAAUGGUCUGAAAUUGACAAACCUUUUCUUUGUCCUCUUCACUCAUCAGAUAUUGUGGUGGGUAAUGCUAUUCAUUGGUUCUGUAAAGAAGAAGAAGAAGAAGAUUGGUUACGUGGUGCAAUUCUUUCUUUUCACUUGUCGGAAGAAAAGUUUCAUCAACUCCCAAAUCCUGAUUGCAAAAUUAGUCGUUAUAAUUCCUACUUGUCCGUAUUAGGAGGAUGUCUGGUUUUAACUAACGAUUUUUUUGUUUGGAAUGAGGUUAAAGUUCAUAUAUGGAUGUUGAAGGAACAUGGUGUGAAGGAGUCUUGGACAAAAGAAUUUGUGAUCCGAGACAAUUUUCCUGUAUCAUUGCGAAAUUAUGGAAUGAUCCGUCCUCUGUUUCAUUUGAAAAGUGGCAAGAUUGUGAUAAUCUACGAUGAUGAAGCUCUAUAUUCUUAUGAUCCAAAAGUGGAAUUGUUCGAAGCAUUGGGUCGCUAUAAGCACUGGAGGACAACUUGUGAUGCUCAUCGUAAGCUUUGGAAGACAAUUUGUCAGGCUCCGAGCCUUGUUUCACCUUAUAUAUAA